AUGAGCAGCCAAUAUGAAACUGCUACGGUCAGUGUUAUUGAUGAGGAGAUGCUACAGAAGGCUGUGGAAGAGCAAGGCCCUAAAGGCCAAGCCGGACGCAUAGCUAAGGAGGAGGGCGUCCAGUAUAACGAACUCUUACAGCUACGUCUAGACUACAGGAAUAUCCCGAGGAUUGACCAUUUAUGGCAAUUCACUUCUCUUACUAAACUUCAGUUGGACAACAAUGUAAUUGAGAAAAUUGAGGGAUUAGAAUGCCUCACAAAUCUGAUAUGGUUGGAUCUGUCAUUCAAUAAUAUUGAGGUAAUAGAAGGACUGAACAAACUUUUAAAACUCGAGGACCUGAGUUUGUCCAACAACCGCAUUUCCAUCAUUGAGAACAUGGACACCCUCCGAAAUCUGCAAAUUCUUUCUCUUGGAAACAACCUCAUUGACAAGCUUGAUAAUGUUAUCUAUCUGCGAAAAUUUAGCAAUUUGCGCACCCUUAACCUUGCUGGAAAUCCAGUCUGCGACGAAGAAAACUAUAAGCUUUUUGUCACUGCACAUCUUCCAGACUUGGUUUACCUGGACUUCAGGCUAUUGAAUGAACAAACACGUGAGAUGGCAUAUGCCAAGUACCAGUAUGCAGUUGAGGAGAUGCGACACAAUGAGAGCCAGGAGCAGAAAGCCGUAGAAGAAGAGCAAAGAAAAGAAGCAGAGCUGCAGUUGCACAAGGAUGCCUUUGUGGAAUUCUUGAAUGGGCCACAUCUGUUUGACAGCAUGUUUGCAGAUGAUGCUGAAGCAGCCAAAUUAGCUUACAUUCCUGGAGUGGCUACACUGCUGGAGUAUUACCAGAGCCAGCUGGUGGAAUUGUGUAUGCAAGUGUUUGAAGCUGGGUUAACCCAGCAUGGACGGAGAGCAGCAGAGGUCCAGUGCUUCCAGGAUUGUUCUCGUGAGGCUGUGUCUGACAACCAGCAAAGAGCAGCACAGAGAGCAGCUGAGUUUGAGAGAUCCAGGAGAGAGAUGAUGGCAGAGAUACAGCAGACUACAGAUAGCAAGUUCCUGAAGUCCCAGAUAAACCAGUACAUGGAUGAGAUCAACACGCUCUAUGAAUCCCUCAUGACCAUGGAGCUACAGCUAGUGGAUCAACUAGAGGAGAUUAUAAAAGAAUUUGAAAGGAACAUUUCAGACAUGGUUGGAGAGUUCAUCGAAGUCGUGCAAGGGAUAUUUGCCCAGUGUCGGGACCUUGAGAACCAUCACCAUGAGAAAAUACUGGAGAUCGCCGUGGCAACAUUGGAGAGAGUGGCCAAGAAUGAGCUGGACGAUGACAUGCCUGAUGAUGUCCGCAUGCUCUUUGUAGAUAAGGACACUGUGAUCAAUGCAGUCAGCGCUUCCCACGACACCCACCUGGGGAAGAUUGACAACAGGGAAGAUGAGCUGGUGACACGGAUAAACAGCUGGAUGAGUGCACUAUUGAAUUCAAUACAUGAAGAAGAGGUGAAGAGGAAUCGCAAGCGCAUUGCAGAGAUUGAUCAUUACAUUUCUUAUGUGAAAGAGCAGCUGAAUGAUCUGAGCCUAUAA